UAUCUAUCUAUCUAUCUGUCUGUCUGUCUAUCAGUGUGUGUGUGUGUGUGUGUGUCCUGUUCACCAUGUGGCUGCUGGUCUUGCUGGUCCUGCUCGUUCCGCCGGGCUCCAGCUGUUGUCCUCUUCCUCCUCUUCCUCCUCGGUUCUCCUUCCUCCUCAACUCAACGGACAGGCCUCUGGUCCACUUCAGCCCUGCCGGCGUCCACAACACCACCACGCUGUUGCUAAGCGACGAUGGCUCCACCCUGUACGUGGGGGCGCGGGACGCCGUCCUCUCAUUGGACGUCAGCCAGCGUGAUGUCAUCAGCCUGAAGAGAAAGACGGACUGGAGCCCCGCCCCUUCUGAGACAGACGCGUGUAAGACCAAAGGCAAAGACGAGACGGUGGACUGUCCUAACUUUGUUCAGGUGUUGCUGUCUAUAAACUCCACCCACCUGUACGUCUGUGGCAGUUUUGCCUACAACCCCCACGAUGCCUACAUGGACGCUCAGAGUCUCUCCUUGGUCCGAACCGCCAGCAAACCGAACACGGAGGCUCGAGGCCGCUGCCCGUUCAGCCCGCUGCAGAGGAACACCGCCAUCACUGUGGACGGCGAGCUCUUCACCGGCACCACGUCGGACUUCAGGGGGCUCAAGCCCAUCAUCGCUCGCCACAUCAGCAAAGAUGGCCGCCCGGACGUCAGCCAGGACACGUCCAUCAGCCUGCUGGAGGAUCCAGAGUUCGUCAGCUCGUCCUUCGACCCGGCCGAGGGGAAGCUCUACUUUUUCUUCAGUGAAGUCGCGAAAGAGUACAGCUUCACGGAAGAGCUGCGAGUCGCCCGAGUCGCUCAAGUCUGCAAGGACGAUGUUGGAGGACAGAGGACGCUGCAGAAGCGAUGGACAUCCUUCGCCAAAGCUCCUCUGCUCUGCCAGCCGCCCAAACAGCCGCCCCUCACCCUCCUGCAGGACGUGUUCACCCUCCAGCCACCGGGGGGCACCGACACGCUGUUCUACGGCAUCUUCACGUCACAGUGGUUGAUGGAUUCGCGGUCGGCAGUGUGCGUCUAUAAGCUGCAGGACGUCCGGUCGGUGUUCGGCGGCAGCUACAGGACCUUCGACAUGCAGAUGCACCAGCUGAGUCCUCUGCAGGACAGACACUCCUACCUGGGGAAGUGCGGACUGGGAAAUGCAACAGAUGCAGUUUUGGCAGAGGUGAAGAGGAGUUUCCUGACCAGUGGCAGUGUGAAACCAGUGGGAGGUGUUCCAGUUUUCUCGACGGGUCAGCGCUACAGUCGCAUUGCCGCUAUGAGGACGAACACAACCGACGGCAAAGAGCACACUGUCCUGUUCCUCCUGACCGAGUCUGGUUUCCUCCACAAAGUGCUGCUGCUGGCUCAGGGCCCGCGGCUCCUCGAGGAGGUCCAGGUCUUCACCCAACCUCAGCUGCUCAAAACCAUCGUCCUGUCCGCCGCCAAGGGUGUGGUUUAUGUUGGGACGUCGGAGGGCGUGACGGCCGUGCCCGUCGCCAGCUGCCAGUCCCACCGCACCUGCAGCCGGUGCGUCAUGGCCGGAGACCCAUUCUGCGCCUGGGACCUGAACCGGAGGCUCUGCAGCAGCGUGACCCCCGGUGCCACCAACAUGGUCCAAGACGUGGAGAACAGCCAUAUCAGUCAAGAAUGUCUGGAACAAACCAAGGUCCAAAAUCUCUCAGUGGAAGUACAUUUGAAUGAGGUGGUAAGGCUUUCGUGUUCGAAACCUUCCAACCUGGCAACCCUGAAGUGGACCUUUCCUGGAGAGCGAGCCGAGCAGCUCUCGGUGCAGUCAGCCGACGGCGGCCUGAUGUUCCUGGCUGCGCCCGACACCCUGGGGACCUUCCGCUGCACGUCAAAGGAGGGCGGGCACGAAGAGGAUGUUGUUAUCUACACCGUCAGACAGAGGGCGCUGCCACGUUCACCAGCACUGCCUCCAACGGUCAAGCAGUACAACACCGACACCAGCGACCACAGGGAGACCGCCACCAAUCCUCCAGAGAUCACAGAAAAUGAGGAAUGGGUUCCGUUGACCAUGGAACCUUCCCGGAACUUGGAGGAAAACCCGCCUGAGAACCCCGGCCAUGUUAGCGAUGAUGGUGAGAACAAAGUCUCACCUACUCAGGGAGCAACGGAAUCCGAUUAUGGUUAUCGCAGUGAUGAUCCCACGACUGCUGGAGCAGAAACCAGUGGCUCAGACCAGCAGCUGGAAGAUGUUCCAGACAUCAAGUGUUUGAAAGAGAAGAGUUACUUCAGCGAGCUGCUGGUGGUCUCUCUCCUGCUGGCCGUCUGCGUCAGCCUGCUGAUGCUCACAGGGUUCUUCAGGUGGCGCCAGAGGAAGGCGGGUCUGAAAACGAGUCCUCUGGUCACCGCGGAGGAAGCCGGCGAGGCGCAGGACUCCCUGGAGAGCGUUCCCUCCCUGAGCCCGGACAGCUCCACUCCUGAGCUCAAAGUGGUGGAGUGACGUCGACGCCGCGUGAAAACCUCCAAACUCGAAUCCAGUGUUUUGUUACGUCUUCACCUCAACCGAGAGAUUGUAAGUGCUGCGUUCAAGAGCUCGUCUUAACGUCUUGCUUUUCAGUUUGCAAGUUGCAAAAAACAGUUUUGCACGUUCAAGCAGUUUGAUGGUUGUUUUAUUUCAAAAGUCAAGCAGCAGCAGCAGCAGCAGACAGACAGGAGAAAGUGCAUCAACUGCAUGCAUCAGGGAUACAGCUGAUCUAUAUUGUAAUGUGUCUGAAAGAAAAGUGCUAUAAGAUGAAAAAAAAAAAUCAUUCCAGUAGAACGAUGGCAAUGUCAGACCCUGUUGGACAACCUGGCGACGGCUGGUGGAUGCCGCGGCGUGUCGCAGCGCCUGAGGAGCCGGCGCCUGCAGGCCUUCCACCUGAAGCAGCGAGGAGACAGGAAGUGAUCCUCAGUCUUCUGUCAGGUUUCUAAAGCAGGGGUCACUUUUCAGAGGAAGUCAGUAGAAACCUUCAGGUCGCUCAUUUUACCUUUUAGACUGGACAAAGCUUCUGGAAUAAAUGCCAACACACUGUCGGUGUUUUUUCCAUCUCUUUGUUCCUCUGUUUGAUCUGUUUGUUUGUUUUUGUUCUAAUAAAAUGAAUGAAGCUCGUAGACGAGCUCUGCCAGCAGGCCUUCUGUCUCACUCCUGCCAAAAUGAAGAAGCAGCUGCAGUUUGGGUGUGUUCUCUUUUUAUUAUGUGAACUCAGGGGCUUUAAGUCAAUGCCAAGACCAGAUCCAGAUCCAGAUCCAGAUCCAGAUCGAGUCCACCUGUCCUAAAUUCACUUUUAUAAAUAUCUGGCCUUGAAAAGCAUGCUUCCAUCUGAACACAUGCAGUCUUCAACAGAUCUGAUUUCUUUUAGUCGAUGUGAGUGAAGUUCCUCUGCAUCAGAUCAACAUUUAAUAUUUCAGCCGUCGUCCGAACCACCGCCACCAGCUCGCCGCGCUGUGGCUCUCCACUUCAGAUGUGACACACCUUUUAUUGUAUUUUGUUAAAUUUUAGUUUAUAUUUCAUUUCAUUUUGUUUUAUUAUUUUUAUUUCAUUUUAUUGUAUUUUUAUUUUUAUU